AUACUACCACCGCAUACGUGCAAAGGGCCCUGACACUGAAGUAAACCUGUGCAGAGCAGGAGGUGACGGAUUCAAAUCAUUUGUGCCUUCAGCUCUGGAAGCUGGAAAAAAGCUGCUUUGACGCACAUUGGACGGGGGUGUUUUCUGCUUUGAGCCCGGCUGCUAUUCAAGUGAGAAUGUCGUCUGAGGCCACGCCCAUCCAGGAGCCACGCCCCACCACCCCGCCAAUGCCCUCCCCCAGAACCCCCACGUCUCCUGAGUCCCUCAGGCCUCCGGCCAACAGGCAGAGGGAACGCUCCUCCUCCCCCAUGAGAGGCUACCUCAUCCCCAGCCCCCUGCCCACCCGCAGGAACAGGACCUACUCUGCGACGGCCCGAGCCUCGGAGGGUCCCGUCUUCACCGGGGUGUGCAAAUGCUUCUCGCGCUCCAAAGGCCACGGCUUCAUCACGCCGUCUGACGGCGGCAACGACAUCUUCGUCCACAUCUCUGACAUUGAAGGGGAGUACGUGCCGGUGGAAGGAGAUGAAGUGAGCUACAAGAUCUGCGCCAUCCCCCCCAAACACGAGAAGGUGCAGGCGGUUGAGGUCACCAUCACCCACCUCAAACCGGGAAUCAAACACGAGACCUGGGGGGGACACAUCAUCAGCAGCUGAGCUCAGGACAGGACGGGGGAAGCUGGAGAGGGGAGGGGCACAUGGAAGAAGCAUGGGGGGGGCAAAGUGAACUAGCAAUGUGUGUGUGUGUGUGGAGUACAACACACCUGUGAGAAUAUCCUGCCCAAAACAAAUCCUAACCAUCUCCUAACUGCUGGUGUUGAAAUGUGAGGGUGGGGGUGUGUGUGGGGGGGUCUGGAGAUCAUGGUUUGAAAAUGCCCAACUAAACUACAUUUAACAGUUUCUGAUUUUUAGAGGAGUGAUGCUCUUCCCGCAGCGAGGAGCUAUGUUUUCUGGAGACCUGCCUGCUCACGUUUGUGCCUCCUGUUUGCCUCUAGAACCUGUACUGAUGUUUGCUGUGAACGUGGAAUAAAGACCGGUGCAUCUGA